GUACAUAUUAGGCCAGAGAAAAAACUGUUUGGACAACAAUGGCUGAAGGGGGCCUUCCUGAUACACAUAACCUUACAGAGUUCCAGGAAAAUAUUCAAGCCCAACAUGAAGAGAUAGCAGUAUUACAAUCUAUUUUUGACGGAGAUGAGGAAAGGUUGCGUGUCUUGGAUUCUGCUGAAUCAAGUGAUGAUAACCAAGACAAUAAUUCUAGUCACCAAGAUAUUAAGAUGUAUAUCCCUGUGAAGGUUCCUGAAAAUAUGCAUGUUGAAGUGUACUUACCAUUGGAGACCAGUGAAGAAACAGAAGUUGUAAAUGUAAACAAAGAUCAUGUUAAUGGGAAACAAGCAUUUGGUCUUGAACGAUCAGAAUCUGGUAUGUAAGAUUUA